AAUUCAUAUUGUGUCAUCACUAGUGUAGAUGGUGGCAUCUCCUAUUUCUACAAGUGUGCCCCACUUCCCACACUACCAAUGACCCUCAUGAUUCUCAAAGCUCAAAAGGGCACUAUCCAACACCACACAUGGGGUGCCACCACACAGGAUCAUGAUGUUGAUGUAACCCUUCUCUCUCUAAAAACCCUCAACCAGCUUGUCCCAUUUUUGCUUAUGUAAUACAAAUAUUUCCUGUUUCAUGCUCUGAGAGAUCAAAGAGAAGGUUUUCUUUCUCAAACUUGGUGGAUUUGGUCAUGGAGAAAAGCAAGUCAUUCCCUGAAUACUCCUGCUCUUACACUGAAUUUGGGUUCAGUGAAAGAUCCAACUCAUACAAUUUCAAUGGGCCAAACCAGAAGGGAAAUGGGUUUUCUGCAUCAAGUGAUCCAGAACUCAAGAGAAAGAAGAGAAUCAAGGCCUAUAAUGUGUUGACAGUGGAGGGAAAGCUUAAAACAAGUGUCAGAAACAGCUUCAAGUGGAUCAAGAACAAGUUCAGUGACAUUCGCUAUGGUGUGUGAACUAUAUGACCAAACAUAAGAGUUGCUUGCCAUGGGGCUAGCAUGUGUUCAGUAAUAUCAACUUUGAAGGUAAGGCCUUUAUAAAGGAAAAUGUUGCAGUGGUGUAUUUGUGAGGUAAGAUGUUAUGCAUAAAAAAAUGAUGAGAGGACUAGCUGGGUUGGAAUAUGUAUAUGUUCUGCAAACAAGGGUUUCUUGGCUGGUUUUUGGUAAGAGGGAGAGCAGCAAACUAGCAUGCUUUGUAUCAAACAUGCAAGAAUUCAAAAAUGUUUCUGAAAAUUGUGAUUAGUAAUAAACUCUAAUUCUUAUGUUUAGUCCA